AUGGAAAUCUUCAAACUUCUGGGAGAAAAAGAUCAGCUCAAAGUCCAAAUUCAGGGCCUUAUACUGAAAAACCAGCAGCUGGCCGAAGAGUAUGAAGAUUAUAAAGAAAACUUGAGCAGAAAAAUUGGUUCGGAGGAACUUGGGCAGCUGGAGAAACUGAGGCAAGAGAACGAAAGACUCCGCUGCAAGGCUGAGAAAGAAGCUGCGGAGAAAGCAGAGCUCCUACGUGAGAAUAAUGAUCUCAAAGAAGAACUUAAUAGAAAGAUAGCAGUGAUCUCAAAACUGACGGAAGAAAGUGAAGAGCUCAGAAACAAAACAGAGAUAUUGACUUUCAAAAAUAUCGAACUUACAGAUGAGAAAGAUGAGAUCUUCAGGGCGUACGAACAAAUACUGUGCAGAGAGGAACUACAGAAGAUAUGCCGCUGCACCUUAUUGAGACACGGACACCACAUGGAAGACGAGACAGAAGCUGAAGAGAAAAUGAAGGCUCAAAUGGUGGAAUAUCAAUUGAAUCCAAAAUGGUUGAAAGCUUCGGUAGACAAAAUUAAAACAUCUAAGGAACCCGCAUCAAAUAUUCUGAGGUGGCUGCAGAAAUCUCUCAAACUCCUAAAAGAGGAUUCCUCUGAACGGUCAAAACACACCCUGCCAGAAUGGCUUAAAGCAUCUGCCGCCAACCUCCCGGAGGAAUGUGCUAAGGCAGCCAGGGAGGAUGUGAAUGAUUGGCUACAGACAUCAAUAAAUCAUCUCCAGGAAAAAGGGCCAGGAACGUACGAGUUAGAUGUGGAGAGAUGGCUUCAAGCAUCUAUUAUAGGCAUUCAACAUCUACUAAAGUUCAGGUCAGAGUCUCGUGGAAGCCGGAAGAAAAAGGGAUGGCUUCCUGAAUCAAUAGAAAACCCGAAGAAGGGGACUUCCUGUGGUGACGUCACCGAAGGUCCUGAAGUAUCUCAACAAGAUGCCAACAAAUGGCUUGAAAUAGCUAUAAAGAAUCUUGAGGAAGAAGGACCUAAAACACCACUCCUAGAUACUCAGGAAUGCCUUGAAGCCUCUAUUAAAAGCUUCAAAGAGGAUGGACCGUGA